GGAAGGUUCCACGCGAAUUCGUUCAGCUGAAAAUUCCUUUAAAUCUCCUAUUCACCUCCUUCCUCCUAUCCACAACGCAUAUCCUAGCACUUUCACCGAUUGUUGCCACGGAAACCACUUCCGCAAACAAAAGUUCAACCAAACAUUAGAAACCUUCAGUUUUUCGCAACAUCAACCUGGUCCGGCGAGAAAUGGUUAAACCGAGCCAGAAAAAUAGUUUCAACUACUGAAUUUGUAUUUAAUGGCCGAACUGCACAUUAUUGGACAAAUCGUGAAAGCAAUUGAGUUCGAGGAGCCUAAACUCUUCUGCAAGUGGAGCAUUCAGAUUGGUUCCUCUUGGAAGGUUGUUGAGGGUGAAUCAGAAGGUCAGACUGUUACGGCUUUGGAUAGAUUGGAAGAAUCUUCUACUUUUGCACAUCCAAUCGAUGUUCAUCUUGGAACGAGAGGAGUUCAAGGUUGGCCAAAGAUUCAUGUUGAAAUUUUUGCGGUGAAUGCCGUGAAUAAUUCGUGGCCUGUUGGUUUCGGAUUCAUCCAUAUCCCAACACAGCCUGGAUAUCACCUACUUGAAAUAAACACCUGGAAAAUAGCGCCUUACACAUUUCUUGAUAAAUUGCGUGAACGUUUCUGGUCAGGCGGAUAUACAUUAUCACGUAGUGACCUUAUUUAUUCUGGAACUGAACGCUAUAAAAUCCUAACCAAAUCGUCUGGAAAAGUACUAGUUGAGGUGAUGCUCCUUUAUCGUAACUUCGCAAAGUUUGGAGUUGAAUUUAAAUAAUUGAGCGACAAUGAAGGCAUCUGUAAGAAUUUUAGUGCUAGUGCAUAUGCUAGUUUUUCUACAUAGAGGAAGUAGCCUAGCACCGUCGUCUAGGCCAUUUAAAAUCGAAAAAUCAAAACCUUCAAAUGAAAAUAAU